AUGCCUGAGAAUCAUCAGGCCAGGACAGCGACGGCUCAGUGUGCCUGGACUGACACCGUUGCUCAGUGGGGCCUUAACCAGCGUCGCGGCUCUCGUUGUCCAGCGCUAGCACAGGAGACAAACAGGGAAGUGCCCUCGGAGCCCGAAUUGAGCGGAGGCGGAUGGAAGCCCGAAUGA